GCAGAGACAGUUUCCUCGCGUGUUUAGAAGGCUGGGGAUUUAUUUCGAGGUGGCGCAGCCGGCUUCGACGGCGUACAGCGUCUUUCCGGUUCCUGAGUAGACAGAGUCCCGCACCAUGAAGGCUAAGGGGCUGUUGAAGGAAUACACGGUUGUGGGUCGCAAGAUCCCAACCAACAAUGAAGAAACCCCCCUUUACCGCAUGCGAAUUUUCGCUCCCGAUGCUAUCGUUGCGAAAAGUCGUUUCUGGUAUUUCCUGCGCCAGUUGAGGAAAUUCAAGAAGACUACUGGUGAAAUUGUCUCUUUGAAACUGGUUCCUGAGAAGAGCCCAACCAAGAUCAAGAACUUUGGUGUCUGGCUGAGAUACAACUCCCGUUCUGGUACCCACAACAUGUACAGGGAGUACAGGAGCCUUAGUGUUGCUGAGGCCAUCACCGCCUGCUACCGUGACAUGGGAGCCAGGCACAGGGCUCGUGCUCAUGCUAUUCAGGUGAUCAAGUGUGAGGUUGUGAAGGCAAUCAACACCAGGCGACCUCUGGUUAAACAGUUCCACGAUAGCAAGAUCAGGUUCCCUCUGCCCAAGCGCAUCCAGGGUCGCAGCAAGCUCGCCACAUUCUCCUACAAGCCCCCCCGAACCUACUUUAUGUAAUUUCCUUUUAGGAAGGAAUAAACUAAAUUUCUUUCUA